GAAAAUCGGUACAUUGUUCAGAUCGUACUGUCCAAGUCACAAGAAGCAGUUUGGCAAUACUUUUGAGAACACUGCAUAUCAUAAAAUUCUGCGGCAUCUGAUCUGCGUGAUAACCGAUCCUGGGAACCCAGCUGCCAUGGCGGAAUUGCAGAAGUCCAACAAGGUAUUUGGUGGGUGGAAUCGUCGUUACGCCCACAAGAGCGAGGAGCUGGGCUGCACAAUGAACUUCAGUGUGUUCUUUCCUCCAGCAGCAGAGUCUCAGAAAGUGCCGGUUGUCUACUUCCUUAGCGGCUUGACCUGUACCGAUGAGAAUGUCAUGACCAAAUCCGGCAUUCAGCGAAAGGCAGCUGAGGAAGGCGUUGCAAUCAUUGCGCCUGACACAUCCCCACGAGGACUCAACAUCCCUGGGGAGUCAGACUCGUGGGACUUUGGUGUGGGCGCUGGUUUCUAUCUGAAUGCAACGCAGCCCACCUGGAAGAACUGGCGCAUGUAUGACUACAUCACCAAGGAGCUGCCGUCAGUGCUGGAAAAGUUUGAGGAACUGGACCUCAGCAAUGCGGCCAUCAUGGGCCACUCCAUGGGGGGCCAUGGCGCCCUGACACUGGGCCUGCGCAAUCCGCAGCUCUACAAGUCCAUCAGUGCCUUCUCGCCCAUCUGCAACCCCACCCAGGUUCCCUGGGGCCAGAAGGCCUUCUCUGGCUACCUGGGAGACAAUCAGGAGGAGUGGAAGCAAUAUGACGCCACAGAGCUGGUGAAGGCAUACAACGGCCCGCCGCGCUCCAUCCUGAUUGAUGUAGGUACAAAGGAUGACUUCUUGGAGAAGCAGCUGAAGCCAGAGAGCUUUGCAAAGGCAGCUGCUUCACAGGGAGGUUCCUCCAUCAAGCUGCAGCUACGCAUGCAGGAGGACUAUGAUCACAGCUACUUCUUCAUCAGCACCUUUGUGGCAGAUCAUUUAGCUCACCAUGCCAAUGCACUCAAGGCCACUUCUUGAAUGAAAUUGUGGGUUCUGAAUGAUUGUUUGUUGCUCCGGCAAUUGCCAACUGUAGCUGUCUGGUGUUCCUUUCCUGUAGGAAUGCUUUGCCAAAUAGUGUAAAGAGGUUCCGUUGUUGGUACUGGGCAUGAUUUAUUUCCUAGGGGUCGCGGGCUGGUGCAAGUGCGGACCUGCAGCUAUUGAUAUUUGCAGACCAAAAGUUUGCUUUUAAAACCUGGUUUAUGGAUUUAUGAUUACAUUGUAUGCUUCAAUUCUGCAAGGAUGCCAAUCAUAUUC